AUGUCUACGAAUAAUGCUCCUCAACCGGUGAAGCUUUCACUGCCUCUUGAAUACCAACAACACCUCUUCCAAGAACUCCGCGCCGAAGAUGAACUCGUCGUUAUUGCUAAAGGCCUCGGCCUUAUGCGCCUCGUCACCAAUUUGCUACACAGCUACGAUGCCGCUGGAAAUAAUCUAAUAAUAGUCGUGGGCGCUGAAGAGAGGGAAAAUGCAUGGAUUGGAGAAGCUCUCGCUGAGUCUGCUGCUAUUAGCAUGGCUCCUAAGGCUAGAGGUCUAACAGUAGUAAACACCGACUUCACCAGUGUCGCAGCCAGGGAGAAGAUGUACGCAAAAGGCGGCAUCUACAGUAUUACCUCCCGAAUCCUAGUUGUCGACCUAUUAACGAGUCUCCUCGACCCAGGCAUUAUCACUGGCCUAAUCGUCUUACAUGCGGACAGAGUGAUAGCUACAUCCCUCGAAGCUUUUAUUCUUCGCGUAUACCGUCAAAAGAAUAAGAAUGGGUUUCUAAAGGCAUUCUCCGAUAACCCGGAUCCAUUCACGAUCGGCUUUUCACCGCUAGCCACGAUGAUGAGGAACUUAUUCCUUCGGAAGACAUCGCUAUGGCCUCGAUUCCAUAUGACAGUUGCGGAUUCCCUUGAGGGCAAGAAGAAAGCAGAGGUUAUUGAACUUGAAAUACCUAUGACAGACUCUAUGCGGGACAUCCAAACAGCGAUCAUGGAAUGCGUCGAGGUCAGUAUUCAUGAGCUAAAAAAGGGUAACUCGGGAUUGGAGAUGGACGAUUGGAAUCUUGACAGCGCGUUGCUGAAGAAUUUCGACGUUAUGGUUAGGCGACAAUUGGAUCCGAACUGGCACAGAGUUAGCUGGAAAACGAAGCAGAUUGUAAGCGAUCUAACAGUACUUCGCGGCCUACUGCACUCGGUCCUCGCUCUUGAUUGUGUGUCUUUCCUACAGCAUCUUGAUACUAUCCAUGCUGCUCAUUCCCCUCAACCCGGAUCUACAAGGCAAACUCAGUCUCCGUGGUUAUUCCUUGAUGCCGCACAUACCAUCUUCGAAACCGCCAAGCGGAGAGUAUAUGCUAGCAAUGCGAAAGCUAACGCGAAAUCCUCAAUCGACUCUCUCCGCCCAGUGCUAGAGGAGCAACCGAAGUGGGCUCUACUCGCCGAAAUUCUAGAGGAGAUUGAUAGAGACCUCUACUUCGAACCUCCGAUGAGGGAUGACUCUAAUGGAACCAUCCUCAUCAUGUGUUCUGAUGAGGCGACGACCCGCCAGCUCCGAGAUUAUCUUCAGAUGAUGCACGUAGAACCAAAGACCGAGCAUGACACAAAACAAAACAGGGAGGAGCAUAAAGCUUCUGCUGCGUUCAUGAUGCGGAGAAGACUUCGAGGCUAUUUAAAUUGGAAGAGAGAAUUCGCGCAAGUCAGCAAUGCCUUAUUUACUGAGAACCAAAAGGCUCUCGAGGGAGCUGUUGAUCCACGGAUAGCCCAGGGUACUUACAAAGGAAGGGCACCAGCGAACAAGAGGCGCCGAGUACGUGGUGGCGGUAGUGUGGGCACAGCACCUGGUAGGGCAGCAAACGGAAGUGUAGCGCAGUACUUCGAGAAGCCCAACGAAGUUGCUGACCUCAUGGACGAGAUUCGGAUUACAGGGGAAGAGGCAAAUCAAAAGGCAGAUGUCGUAGCUGAUCCGCUAGAGGAUAUGGAUGAUUACUUUGAGCUUUACGAAAUGCAGGAUCUUGUCGUAGUGCACGCAUACGAUGGCGAUCAGGACGAGCAUAUUCUCGAAGAGGUCAAGCCUCGAUACAUAAUCAUGUACGAGCCAGACGCCGCAUUCAUACGCCGGAUCGAAGUUUAUCGAUCAUCACAUAACGAUAGGAACGUUAGAGUGUAUUUUAUGUUUUACGGCCAGUCGGUCGAAGAGCAACGAUAUCUUGCUACGGUUCGACGAGAGAAAGACUCGUUCACUAGACUUAUCAAAGAACGUGCCAGCAUGUCUGUCGUUAUGACGGUUGAUUCGCAAGGUGUCGAAGAUCCGCAGGAGGCGUUCUUAAGGACAGUCAAUACUCGAAUAGCCGGUGGGGGUCGGUUAGCAGCCACAGCGGAGCCCCCAAGGGUUGUUGUUGAUGUCCGAGAGUUCCGCUCAUCGCUUCCGUCCCUUCUUCAUGGGCGUAGCAUGGUAAUCGUACCCUGCAUGCUCACAGUCGGCGACUAUAUUCUCUCGCCAACUAUAUGUGUCGAACGUAAGUCUAUUAGUGAUUUAAUCAGCUCGUUCAAAGACGGACGUCUCUAUAGCCAAGCUGAGGCAAUGUUUCAGCACUACAAAAACCCGAUGCUAUUAAUCGAGUUCGACCAGAACAAAUCGUUCACGCUUGAGCCAUUCGCAGAUUUUUCGGGCAACCUGAAGUCGGUUAACCCUAAUGAGGUACCGUCGGAUCUUCAGUCCAAAAUCGUGCUACUCACUCUCGCGUUCCCAAGACUGAGAAUCAUCUGGAGCAGUAGUCCAUAUCAAACCGCCGAGAUCUUUGAGGGUUUAAAGACGCAGCAGGAAGAACCAGACCCCAUAGCAGCGGUCCGAGCAGGUUUAGAUAAAGAUAUGAAAGCAGAGGAUCAAGUGUUCAAUCUCGAGCCACACGAGAUGCUGGGAGUAGUGCCAGGCGUCAACCCAAAGAACUUAAAGAACUUAACCCUAGAAGUAGAGAAUGUUCGCGAAGUAGCAAACAUGACUGAGGCUGAACUCAACCCGCUAAUCGGGAAAGAAGCCGCAAGACAGGUAUACGGAUUCUUUAACCGGAAUCUAAUUGAUCUAGAUGAUUAA